AUGGCAUCUGCAGCACUCCCUCCUUUGAGUCUCACAGGUUUCCAAACAUGGGUCAAGUCACACGUCUUGACGAGGCCCCAACCACCACCUCCUACCACGGACCUUUCUGGCCAAACAUGCAUCAUCACCGGAAGCAACACAGGCCUAGGCUUCGAAGCCGCUCGCCUAUUCCUCCAGCUCCACCUUUCUCACCUCAUCAUGGCUGUUCGAUCACUCGAGAAGGGCGAGGCUGCAGCUGAAAAACUCCGUAAGGAGUCGCCUGGAGCUAAGGUUGAAGUCUGGAAAUUGGAUAUGCUAUCUUAUGAUUCCAUACAAGAGUUCGCCAGUCGCACUAGCAAGCUUGAUCGUUUGGACAUUGCCAUUCUGAAUGCAGGUAUUUCCAACACGACCUUCAACAUUAACCCUUCCACCCGCCACGAGGAGACAGUCCAGGUCAACUAUCUAUCCACCGCUCUGCUCGCGAUGCUUCUCCUUCCCGUUCUUAAGGACAAAAGUGCGUCGGGGGUUCCUGGAAGACUCACUCUUGUCGGGUCGUCAUUUGGGUUGUACUCCAAAUUCGAGAAUCGUGAUGCGGAUCCUCUGAUCCCUUCUUUUGAUAUCGAAACAAAGUGGACUUUGGACACCGGCCUGGAGCGAUACAGCGUCUCCAAAACACUCCUUCUCAUGCUACUCGACAAGCUGUCCCAGUUAGUGGAUCCAGAAUACGUUGUUAUUAAUGCCCUGGAGCCUGGCUGGGUAUACUCCACCGACGUUCAGCGCAAUUCUCCGAUUGUCGUCAAGGCCAUGAUGGGGAUAAUUGCUCUGCCCUUCUCGCGCUCCGCUCGGCAUGGAUCUUACAUGUAUGCCGACGCGGCAGUUGUGCAAGGUCGACAGUCCCACGGCGCCUUUAGAAUGAACUGGGAAACUUAUCCUUUUCAUCCGAUGAUGUACGAGACUGGUGGGAAGAAAACCGCUGAGAGGCUGUGGGAGGAAACCCUGAGCGAGUUCAAGUUUGCUGACGUGCUGGGCAAGCUACAGGCGGUAGCAAGAAAUUCAUAG